AUGGACGACCAAAGACCUGUCCGACUUCUCUCAUUGGAUGGCGGGGGUAUCCGCGGACUCUCCUCCAUCUUGAUCCUGAAAGAUUUGAUGCGCCAUGUGAACCAGGAUCGCGAACCCGGCAAUCACCUUCAACCAUGGCAAAUCUUCGAUCUGAUCGGAGGUACAAGUACGGGAGGCAUGAUUGCCAUCAUGUUAGGAUGUCUUCGAAUGACAGUCGAAGAAUGUGAAGAGGCGUAUAUUCGUCUAGCGAAAACCAUUUUCAAGCCGAAGCGAUGGAAGUACAACUGUUUCAGCCGCAGUGUCGACUUUUUCUCCGCCAGCGAACGCUACGACUCGUCCAAGUUGGAAAGUGUUGUCAAAGAAAUCAUCAAAGCACGAACGGGCAGCGAGAAAACCCCGUUGAGCAAUUUUACAGAGGAUGCGGUCGGCAAAGUAUUCGUCACCACGGUUCAGACAGAUGACAAUGAGCUACUUUUGCUACGCUCGUAUGAAACGAGGCAAGAAAUGGACAAACAUUCCAAGCAAUUCCAGUUAUGGGAGGCACUCCGCGCCACAUCAGCUGCUACAACGUACUUCAAAGAGUAUCGUCGCGGUAAUGCAGGGUAUUUGGACGGAGCGCUAAAGAGUAAUAACCCCAUCUUUCAAGUUCGCCAAGAAGCUCGAGACCUAUGGCCGGACAGGGAGGCUUUCUUGAUCAGUAUCGGAACCGGCACCAAGCCUUCGGUUCCACUCAGGGGGAACCUCAUACACCUGGCGAGAACACUGUCCAAGCUGGUCACUGAAACUGAAGAAACAUGGAAUCGAUUCAGAGGGUCGCAUAAGGAAAUGCUGAAAGAUAGCCUCCUAUUUCGCUAUAGCGUCCCCGAGCUUGGCGGCGUGGAUCUGGGAAAUCACAAGUUGAUGGGGAUGGUCCGCUCAAACACGGAGCGCCACCUGCGAGAAGCAUCAACAGAGAAGUACGUCACAGCAUGUGCAAAGAAGAUGGUGGAGAUUGAGUCAGAUGGAUAUGAAAAACCUCGCGCGGGAAAGCCUCGAUCACUACAUCUAGUAGAUCUGUCAGACUCCGAGAAGGACUGUUUACGUAGUCUCUGUUCAACCAGCGGUGACUAUGAGAGCCAGAGGAUUGGCAUCGAGAAGCCUGUCCCAGGAACCUGCCAAUGGUUUCUUCGUCACCCAAAGUUUGUCGACUGGGAACAGAGCACGUCUUCCUCUCUUCUCUGGGUAACGGCAAAUCCUGGUUGCGGCAAAUCGGUUCUUUCCAGCUUCCUCGUGGACGCUUUAAGCCAUGGGGAAAACCAGUCCAUCGUUUGCUCGUUCUUCUUCAAGGCCGGCGUUGACAAUCGCCGAAGCUCCCACCAGGCUCUCUGCAUCCUGCUCCAUCAACUCUUUGUCGCCGCCCCGGAACUGGUAAGCGCAGCAAUGGAAGAUUACUCCAGCAAAGAUAUUUUGGCUUUCACCAACGACGUUGAGGCACUCUGGGCGGUUUUGUGUGACUCUGCUAACCGACUACGCAACCGCACCGUCAUCUGUGUCGUUGAUGCCCUGGACGAGUGUUCUGACGAGUCAAGGAAUCGCUUCAUUAGCCAGCUUAUCGCGUCAUUUUCAACCAGCAACUCCGAGAAACCUGCCGGCAAUCUGAAAUUUCUGGUUACAAGUCGUCCGUGGCCCAGCAUCGAAAGGUGCUUCAAAACUUUGCUCUCGAUCCGAUUGCGUGGAGAAAACGAAUCGCCAUCGCUCUCCAAAGACGUGGAAAGAGUGGUUGAGUAUCGGGUGCGGGAGCUCAAAAUGUCGUCAGCGCUCUCCGACGAGGCCAGCACAAUGGUCAUGAAAGUGCUGAGCGAAGGAGCUGAUCGUACAUUCCUCUGGGUUUCCUUGGUGUUUGACGCAAUUGAGCGACUCCAGUCGCGGAAACUCAGCUCCAUCGAAAAGUCCUUGGAAUCCUUACCAGGUGAUCUUGACCAGCUUUACGAAAGCGCCUGGACAGCCUUCGUCGACCGCGAAGCGUCACACAAGCUACUUGGUAUCAUAGUAGCUGCGAAAAAGCCCCUCAAAGUCGAUGAAGUCAACAUUGCUCUCAGUCUCGGGGAGAAUACCACUUCAGUAGAAGCCCUAGAGCGAGAGCUCGAGCCUGACGCAGAAUAUACGAUCAAAAGAUUGGGAGGGUUCUUCAUCCGAAUCAUUGACUCUACCGUAUUUCUCGUGCAUCAAACUGCACGCGAUUUCCUUCUUAGCUCAAGAGCAAAUGACAUGACGAAGGAGGGCAGGCCGAGGAUUGCACUGACGUUGGCACAUUCUGACUUGGGGGGAUGCUGCGUCAGAGUUCUCGCGCUUGACGGACUUCCGACAAGACCCAGUCUGCCGACAAAUGAACAAGAGCAGUUCGCCUCGAACAAAGCUUUUUUGGCUGAGUUGCCUCACUGGGCAAGAAACUUUUAUGUGUACGCUUCACGUCACUGGACGCAACAUCUCAGAGGCAACUCGUUACCCGAGUCCAAAUCCGGCAUUGAUCGAAUCGUCGUGACAAUCUGCGAUUCAGCAAAGCCAUUUCUUGGCGGCUGGUGGUAUUGGUAUGUCCAGAAAAGUUUCUUCGAUGACGGCAAGAGACCGCAUCAGGAUUCUCGCCCCCAUGGAUAUGCCGGUCGUUUUCAUGCGCACUACUCGACGGCGAGGCACGACUUUGUCGCCACACGAGGGCUGCUAGAGGCAGGUACGUCCAGUGUUGAGCAGCGCGACGUAAACGAUGACGAUCUGCUCUACAAAUCGUGCUUCUACUAUUUCAUAAAUCAGAUCCACUGGAUCCUUCAUCGAUACGAUCAUGCAGUCCUUCAGCUUCACAAGUCUUUGGCACACGCGUCUGAGUCUAAAAGAAUGGACCUAGUCAACAUAUUGCUUGCAACUGGGAUGGAAAUCAACCCUGCAGUGCAAGGUCCCCCGACGAAGACUUGGUCCCUCACCCAAUCCGCCAUCCAAUGCACGCCUGCUCUCGAGCGCCUCCUCGCACGAGGGUUGGUCAUUCAAAGGGAGGAUUUCGCGUAUGCUGCUCGCCAUGGAUACACUGAAGCGCUGGAGUUAUUGAUAAUCAACAACGUCAAAGAUAGAGACAGCCAGGUGAACCUAAGGGAAGCCUUGGCCCAAGCGACAGAAAAUGGAUAUUCGCGGUGUCGAGCUGUGGCUCUAAAGUAUCUUCCCAGCAACGCCGCCAAGGAGGUGGAUCCAUCGGUGGGGUUGUUGCCUGCCCUUUGGCGUCGUCCCGAGCUUAUUGAUGAUUUUCAGGAGCUACUUGACGAAGGAGCACAGGACAGCGGAGAAGUCCUGUCCACCGCCUGCUUUAUGGCAUAUCUAGAAGCGGUGAAACUGUUGCUGGGUGUUAUUACUUACACCCGAGAAACCCUCGAAAAGGCUCUGUUGGCCUUCUAUGACACACAUAUGGGACCCGAUCUGAAGGCUUACUACCUUCAAGUCGUAGAAAAGACGGUGGGCUCUGGACGAAAACUGCAUGAUGGAUUUAAGGUUUGGUCGCUUUUCGGUUUCACUGUCGAAGAGAAUGCCGAACUCCUACUACUACUUUCAGCCAAGGGAGCCCGUGUACCUCAUCGCAGGUAUGUCGAAGCAGUAGCUUUGGUCAUCGCCAAAGAUGAAAAGUUCAGCCUCUGGCUCCUGAGUACCACAGAGAGACUCCAGGACGAUCCGAAUCUUUCGGCCAGCCAUUUCCUGCCAUUAAUGUGCUUCUGGGGGAAGGCCGCAUUGGUACGGACGGUGAUUUCGCAAGUGGCGCUGGCUGAUAUCAAUAAGAAAAAUGGCGCAGGCGUAACCCUUUUGAUGAUCGCCACGGCCUCUGGAGAUUCGGCCACGGUGAGACUGCUCCUGGAAAGAAGAGCGGACCCCGAUCAAGAUUGCCGAUUGGAGGCAGCCAGGUCAGAAAUGACAGACUGUGAGUUGGAGUUGGUUGAUCUCCUCUCCAGUGUAGCUGGAGGCCUCAACCGUGAAACUCUCGAGGGUUCGCCACGUUUGCUAGCCCGGGACAUGGGAUAUUCUGACAUUGUCGGCCUGUUUGAUUCAUGGCGAUGA